AAUAUCAGUGUGACCAUUGUCUGGUAAUAUCACUAUAUUUACAUAACCUCACCUUCUCCUUAAGCUCAUCAGUUUCCCUUCCUCCUUCUAGAGAGAGAAGAUAGAAAGAGAGAGAGAGAGGCAGACUGACAACAUAGAUUCAAUCCUUCUGUUCCCACCGUGGACAGUUUUGACAUGUCUCACCGGCUUAUUUAGAUUUCUGGUUCCGCCACUGGUUGGUUGAAUGAUUCCAAUUUCAGUGAAAAAUUAAUCACAAGAAAUGUACUACCAAAGCAGCACAGAAAUCGAAGGCGAUGGGCUUCACACACUUUAUCUGAUGAACCCUAAUUACAUAGACACCCAAUCCCAAUCCAACAUGCUCUUCUCCAACAUCUCCGUCCCUCACUCACAAACGCCGCGAGGCCUGUCGCUCAGCCUCGCGCCUCAUCACAAACAACAAACCGGGGGUGAUCGUGAUUUCGGGGCGGGGAAUAAUUCGUCGAUCACGGGCUCCAAAUACCUAAAGGCUGCUCAGGAGCUUCUAGAUGAAGUGGUCAGCGUCGGAAACCACCGCACCGAUAAGGGGAAAAUGAUCAAAGGCGGCGGCGCGAGUAAGGAAGCUGCGUCUGCGGACAAAGGCAACGGCGCCGCCGAUCUCACUACUGCUCAGAGACAGGAGAUUCAGAUGAAGAAAGCUAAAUUGCAUAGCAUGUUGGACGAGGCGGAGCAAAGAUGCAGACAGUAUGACCACCAAAUGCACACCAUGAUAGCUGCGUUCGAGCAGGCGGCUGGCCCGGGGUCAGCGCGAUCGUACACGCACCUCGCAUUGAAGACGAUCUUGAAGCAAUUCCGGUGCCUGAAAUCAACGAUUUCUGCAGAGAUGAAGAGCUUAGGCGAGGAGGGAGGCUCGGAGCUGUCGAGGCUGAGGUUCGUGGAUCGGCAGCAGGCAGGGCAUGCGUGGAGGUCGCAAAGAGGUCUACCUGAGAGAGCGGUGUCGCAGCUUCGAGCUUGGCUGUUUCAACACUUUCUUCAUCCGUACCCUAAAAACUCAGAUAAGCAAAUUCUAGCAAAGCAAACAGGGCUUACCAGGAGUCAGGUGUCUAAUUGGUUCAUAAACGCUCGAGUUCGUGUAUGGAAACCCAUGGUUGAGGAGAUGUACCUCCAAGAAACCAACGCCGGAGUCACGCCGGAGUUAUCAUCUCUUCCUGCCAACUCUGUACCAAUGGCUGCUGCUGCUGAAAACACCAACACCUACGGGAUUGAGAUCGAACAGCAGCAGCAGCAGCAGGGGAACAUUAACGGUUUCUCUCUCUCCCUUGGCCACACCUUGCAAGUCGACGAGGCUGCUGCUUAUGAGAUGGUGGAUUUCCACAACAGGAAGCCCUUUCCGCCACACCUCUUGCCCGAUUUCGUCGCCUGAACUGAACUGCACAACACAUGCAUCUCAUUUUUCAUAACUAUAUACAUACAUCUUCAGUUGUACAACACUCCCUACACCAUAUAUUGUAGAUAUAUAAAAAAAAACCAGUUGUUUGUCUAUAUACUUGAUUACAAAUUAGAAUAGGCCAUAUAUAUGUAAUUUCUUGUGUUGAAUAAACAAAUUAAACAAUACAUUCUCCAAAAAUAAAAUACUAUUCUUAUCA